GGGACACGCAGGGUGCUGGGGGCCCAGCACUGGGGUCCUCGAGGCCUCCUGUACCCUGGCUGCCCUCCCAGCAGAGAAGCAGGUUUUUGCCCAUUUCAUGGAAAGCACCUGUGGCUUUGUUCUUCAUGCUGAGCCGGCCCCCUCCCCAGAUGGCUGCCAGCCCUCGCACCGCCCCAGCUGACCCAGGGGGUUCCCUGGAACAGGUGACCUGGCUGCCCAGACACGAUGGCAGCCCCCACAGCUUUCACUGUUCCUUUUGCAUGGGCCUUUCUUGGCAUAAGACAGCCAUCUUCUUCGUCUGUCCCCUCACUCCCUUUCCUUCGUCUCUGUGGCAGCAGCGCCCCCAGGCCCUUGGCUGUCUGGGCUUCACUCCCUCACUGGAACCACCAUGGGGCCUCAGCCCUGGGCGCCUGGCAGACAGGACGGUCCCAUGGCCGGCCGCGCUCCUGAGCAUGUGUUGCUGUGCCUGGUUCUCUAGUAACUGGUGCCUAGUCUCCUGGUGGCCACUCUGACCUGUGGGUUAUUUAGUGGUAUAUUAUUUAAUUUCCAAAUAUUUAGGGAUUUUCCAGAUAUCUGUUACUGAUUUUUAGCUUCCGAUAUGGUUAGAGAACAUGGUAUGUGUGUUAAUUCCUAAGGACACACACCACAGGGAAAUCACUGGGGUCCCUCGUUUUACAAGCUAGGGAAAUACUGGGUCAUGAGGGCCUGGCGCCAGCUCGGGCCCACUCCCCAGCAGGGCCCAGGACGGCAUUCCUGCCUGCACACUCGCUCAUGCUGCUAGUGAGGUGCCCAGCCUGGAGUGUGGCAUUCCCGAGAGCCCCAGAGGACCCCUAACUCCACUCCUCAAUGCGUGAUGUCAGGCCUGAGGGCCGGGGGCUGGGAACAGUUAGGCGAGCUCCGCACCAGCUUCCUGGCCUUCCAGCCUGGCGGCCCCUUCUCGAAGCUGUUGGGUGGCAACUCGGCUCAACCAGCUUUACCGGGUGAGGCGGGGCCUGGGGGCUCCCAAGCCUGCGGUUAUGAGGCUCCAGCAGCCCACACGCUGAAGUGCACAGUUCAGGGCAGAUUCUGCUGCCCAUUGUCCGUGGAUGGGGGGCAAGCUGUGCCCUGCCGUCACUGGUGCUUCUGAAGCUGGUUUGGGGGACCCUGGGAGUGGCCUCAGUCCUCACGUGCAUCCUGGAGAAGAGCAGAGAUGCCUCGUGACGAGGAUAAUGAUAUCGAGCGACACUUCUGAAAGGGACGCUUCUCCCCUAUGUGCAGCUGGGUGGUGGCCGGUGCCAUGGCCCCUGGCAGGCUGCAGUGGCCUCCUGGGUUCCAUAAGGUGGGCUGCAGCCCUUUCGUGACCAAGGCGUGUGCUGGCCAUGCUGUGUGGCUGUGUGCCCCCCUGCACAUGCCCUGCCCCGCUGUCCCGAGAUGCUGGCAAGGGCAAGGGUGUCCACACAGGACAAAGCAUGCCCUCCUGAAGAAGCCUCCAGAAACCUAUGACCAGGUCAAAGCGGCUGGGUGUGGUCUGGCCUCAUCCAGCCUCCUGAGGGUCUCUGCUGUCUCUUCUACUUGCCAGGUGCCCGGGCUGGGCCUCUGGGGCAUUCUCAGGACCCCCGGCCCCCGGCCAGGCUGGGAGGGCUGGGAGGUCUGAGAGCAGUUUUCCUCUGGAGGGCAGAGGACUUCCACUUCCGCCUGCCUCUCGGGGCCUCCUGGGCUGGGCGAAUCAGAAGACAGGCCACCAGGGACUGUCCCCCUGUGGGAGGACUGGCGGGACUGUGGAGUUAAGCCAUCAGGAAGUGCACAGGCGUCCGGCGCGCUCCUCCCUCCUUGCAGCCCUGGGCAGCAUCUCCCCGAGGCUCCGCGUCCCAGGCUUCUGGUGCGUCUGCCGUGCAGGUGGUUCCUGGAAGACCCUCAGGUGGGUGGGUCUGGUACUUUUCUGGAAAGUGACCAAGAAGGUCGGCGCCGGCUUCGUUCAGGAUCCUGGCGCUGAUCCCCGCAGAGCAGCAUGAGGCUUCCCACAGGCAGCCAGGCAGCCUCCGGGGUGCUGCCCCAUCCCUUUCAUGGCCACUGGGCAGAGACGUUCAUUUCAGUGGCAUUACGGUGGCAGGUGGGACCCUGCAUUUCAGGCUGGGGAGGCAGGAAAGGGGCCCAGUGUUCCCAGGACUGUCCGCUGUGUGGCCGGUGUUUCUAUUCAGCCCCUUGUCUGUCAAAACUGUCCUGAACGGGGUCACAAAGUACAGUGGGAAGUUGAGAAAUUCUUCAAAAAACCAAGACCAAACACUUUAAAAGACCAAGUGUCUCCAGGAGUAGUGACCCAGCUCCUUUAGGCUGGAAACCAGCAUUUCCCAGAGGGGCUGGAGGCUGAGGACCGGGGACCUGCGUGGGAGGCAGGACCAUGUGGUGGUUCCCAACCUUGCCCCAGUCCCAGUCCCAGAGGGAGUGGCUUUCAGCGGCUGAGGCUUCCGCCGCGCUGGCAGAAAGGGACAGCAGUGCCUGGUCCCAACAUGGGUAGUUCUCUUGUUUCAGCCAGUGGGAUGGGGGUCGGGCCUCAUCUGGGGCAGGAGGAGUCCAGAGAUUCACUGGUGCGCAGCACCUAAGAACCUGGAGAAAGCAGCACUCCUGGCCAGCCAAGGGCAACAGCCCCUCCCAGGGUUGCGGGGCCACCGGGGAGUGACAGAGACACGCUCCUGUGGGCAGCUCUUCCCGGCCAGUGCAGCGACCCUGGCAGCUGUGGCAGGGCUAGGUGGCCACUCUUGCAUCAUCAACAGCCGGCCGUGGAGGAGGGAGGGAGGGCACAGCCCGGGAUGUGAGCAGGCGUCGGUCAGGGGAAUGAGGAAGUUCCACCAGAACCGGCUCCCCCAGCUGCUGCCCUAGUGGGAGGGUCAUUGGCCAACCUGCUCUCACCCAGCUUGGGCUGGCCGUAGUGCCAGGCAGGUGCCCACAGCUCCUCCACCCAUGGAGGUGGCUGCCCUUGUAGGCUCCAGGGCGCGGUGGGAGUGUCCAGGAGGCAGAAGCCAGAGGCGGGUCAUGCUGUGGAAGCAGUUCCUCUCUCAGACCCCAUCUGUGUCUCCCCCGCUGCAUAUUUGGGUGACACGGAUGGCCAAGGGGCAGGAGCAGGGGCUGGGAAAGGCUGUGGAGGGGCCCUCGGCUGCUCUGGUGGGGAGCGGGUCACUGUGUCUCUGCCGCCUCCCUGGGGGAUCCAGCGUGGGGAUGGGACAUGGAGCUGGGCACCUCUCCUGGAUGCCCCUGGGCUGACCCCCUCGACAGCCCUGAUGAGAGCCCUGGCCCAGCGUCUGAGAAGGAGCGGGAGCCGGGCCUGGGUAGGGGCAGGAGCCGGCGUCACUCUCAGCGGCUGCCCCACACCCCCCAGCCUGCCUGCGAGGCCAUGUCGGACUAUGAGAACGACGACGAGUGCUGGAGCGUCCUGGAGGGCUUCCGGGUGAUGCUCACCUCGGUCAUCGACCCCUCGCGCAUCACGCCCUACCUGCGGCAGUGCAAGGUCCUGAACCCCGAUGAUGAGGAGCAGGUGCUCAGUGACCCCAACUUGGUCAUCCGCAAACGGAAAGUGGGUGUGCUCCUGGACAUCCUGCAGCGGACCGGCCACAAGGGCUACGUGGCCUUCCUCGAGAGCCUGGAGCUCUACUACCCACAGCUGUACAAGAAGGUCACGGGCAAGGAGCCGGCCCGUGUCUUCUCCAUGAUCAUUGACGCGUCCGGGGAGUCAGGCCUGACUCAGCUGCUGAUGACCGAGGUCAUGAAGCUGCAGAAAAAGGUGCAGGACCUGACCGCGCUGCUGAGCUCCAAGGAUGACUUCAUCAAGGAGCUGCGGGUGAAGGACAGCCUGCUGCGGAAGCACCAGGAGCGGGUGCAGAGGCUCAAGGAGGAGUGCGAGGCCGGCAGCCGUGAGCUCAAGCGCUGCAAGGAGGAGAACUACGACCUGGCCAUGCGCCUGGCGCGCCACAGCGAGGAGAAGGGCGCCGCGCUCAUGCGGAACCGUGACCUGCAGCUGGAGAUUGACCGGCUCAAGCACAGCCUCAUGAAGGCCGAGGACGACUGCAAGGUGGAGCGCAAGCACACGCUGAAGCUGAGGCAUGCCAUGGAGCAGAGGCCCAGCCAGGAGCUGCUGUGGGAGCUGCAGCAGGAGAAGGCCCUGCUCCAGGCCCGGGUGCAGGAGCUGGAGGCCUCCGUCCAGGAGGGGAAGCUGGACAGGAGUAGCCCCUACAUCCAGGUACUGGAGGAGGACUGGCGGCAGGCGCUGCGGGACCACCAGGAGCAGGCCAACACCAUCUUCUCCCUGCGCAAGGACCUCCGCCAGGGCGAGGCCCGACGCCUCCGGUGCAUGGAGGAGAAGGAGAUGUUCGAGCUGCAGUGCCUGGCCCUGCGUAAAGACUCCAAGAUGUACAAGGACCGCAUUGAGGCCAUCCUGCUGCAGAUGGAGGAGGUUGCCAUUGAACGGGACCAGGCCAUCGCCACACGGGAGGAGCUGCACCUGCAGCACGCCCGGGGCCUGCAGGAGAAGGACGCGCUGCGCAAGCAGGUGCGGGAGCUGGGUGAGAAGGCGGAUGAGCUGCAGCUGCAGGUGUUCCAGCGUGAGGCGCAGCUACUGGCCAUGGAGGGCAGGCUCAGGCGGCAGCAGCUGGAGACGCUCGUGCUGAGCUCCGACCUGGAGGAUGGCUCACCCAGGAGCUCCCAGGAGCUCUCGCUCCCCCAGGACCUGGAGGACACCCAGCUCUCAAACAAAGGAUGCCUGGCCGGUGCGGGGAGCCUGGAACAGCCCUUUGCAGCUCUGCACCAGGAACAGCUUUCGCGGACCCCUCAUGACGCAGGCCUGAGCAGCGGGGAGCCGCCUGAGAAGGAGCGGCGGCGCCUCAAGGAGAGUUUCGAGAACUACCGCAGGAAGCGCGCCCUCAGGAAGAUGCAGAAAGGCUGGCGGCAGGGGGAGGCGGACCAGGAGACCACUGGCAGCGACAACACGGACACUGAGGGCUCCUAGCCGCGGCAGCGCAGGCCCCGUCCAGGGCACACCCACCGGCCCGGCCUCCCGCCACCUGGGGGUGCCGACGCCCUGGGGCGCAGACUUCCCAGAGCCGUCGCUGGCUUAGCCUGGAACGAGGAAUCUGGUGCCCUGAAAGGCCCAGCCGGGCAGCCUGGCGUUGGGGCUAUUUGUUAAGCGGUACUCAGGUUGAGGAGGCCAUGCGGGUGCUCGCCACCCCCAUGCACACGCCAUCUGUGUAACUUCAGGGUCUGUUCUAUUUCACCAUGUAACACACAAUACAUGCAUGCAUUGUAGAAGUGUGAGAAAACACGGCAGCUUAAAUAAACAAACAGCACGGGUGACCCGCA